AAUCAGAUCUGCGGAUUCCUCCGCCAGCUCAACCAAUCAGGCGCCGACUCCAGGCAGUCGUGCGUUCCGCGCGUCACGCGCACGCAGCACAAGUGAUCACGUGGGACACACAGUAAGGAGGAGAGGCGCGCGCUGGUCUGCAGAGAAUAAAGAAAAGUGGAUCAGUCAUGGUGAAAGGAGACGUGAACAAACCCAAGGGGAAGACGUCUGCGUAUGCGUAUUUCGUGCAGACGUGUCGCGAUGAACACAAACGCAAGAGUCCCGACGUGCCGGUCAACUUCUCUGAGUUCUCCAAGAAAUGCUCGGAGAGAUGGAAGUCGCUGAACGCUUCGGAGAAGAGCAAGUUUGAAGACAUGGCCAAAGUGGAUAAAGUUCGUUACGACAAGGAGAUGAAGAACUACGUGCCGCCCAAAGGCGUCGGCAAGGCGGGCAGGAAGAAGAAAGACCCGAACGCUCCCAAACGCCCGCCGUCUGCGUUCUUCGUCUUCUGCUCGGAGUAUCGGCCGACGGUGAAGAGCGAGAACCCCGGGCUGUCCAUCGGAGAGACCGCCAAGAAACUGGGAGAGAUGUGGUCGAAACAGAGCAUCAAAGACCGCGCACCGUACGAGCAGAAGGCCAUGAAACUGCGCGAGAAAUACGAGAAGGAUGUGGCGGCGUACCGCGCAGGGGGCGGAGCUUCUAAGAGGGGGCCGGGUCGACCGACGGGCUCAACUAAAAAGGUCCAACCCGAUGAUGAUGAUGACGACGACGACGAGGAAGAGGAUGAGGACGAGGAGGAAGAUGAGGACGAGGAGGAGGAUGACGAGUAGAGUGUGUUUGUAAUGCAGCAUCACUGAUGGGCUUUAUCUUGUUUUUCCAUCAUGUACAUGUUUGACGACUCCAGCAAUAAUGCAAGUGUUUUUUUUCUUUUGUUUUUAGAUUUCUUUUUAUUUUUGUACACGUCCAGCAGUCGAUCCUAUAAUGUGUAGAAGUGCUUUUUUUAUAAUAAAUUUUUAAAGACUGA